GCACUUCGCCGUCUCCGUUACUGAUCAGUUCCGUCUCUAACCCUAGCAAGAAAUCGUUUCUUUCUAAAUCCCAACAUGUCCAGCGCCGAGCCCGAACACCGUGAAGAGGAGGAGGCCCCCGCCGGCGAGGACGAGGACACCGGGGCUCAAGUUGCCCCGAUUGUUAAACUCGAGGAAGUUGCCGUCUCUACCGGCGAAGAAGAGGAGGAUGUUCUUCUCGACUUAAAAUCGAAGCUUUACCGAUUUGAUAAGGAUGGGAACCAGUGGAAGGAGAGAGGCGCGGGUACUGUGAAGUUUCUGAAGCACAAGGCUACUGGAAAAGUUAGAUUAGUGAUGAGGCAAUCGAAAACCCUUAAGAUCUGCGCUAAUCAUCUCAUUAUACCAUCAAUGACGGUGCAAGAACAUGCUGGGAACGAAAAAUCUUGUGUUUGGCACGCGAGUGAUUAUGCCGAUGGUGAACUAAAGGAUGAGCUUUUCUGCAUUCGAUUUGCGUCAAUUGAAAAUUGCAAAACCUUCAUGGAAAAGUUCCAAGAGAUUGCUGAAUCCCAGAAGAGUAAAGAGGAAAACAAGGAUGCAACUGCUGCUGCGGGUCUCCUUGAGAACUUGAGUGUUAAAGAGAAGGAAGAAGCAGAGAAGAAAGAUACGGAGAAUAAAGACACUGAAAAGAAAGAGACAGAGAAGGAAGAAUCUGAGAAGAAAGAGACAGAGAAGAAAGAUGCAGGAGAGAAAGGUGAUGAGCCUGCAUCCUCGUCAGCUUAAGUAUAAUAUUUUCAUAUUUGAUUAUUUCCUGCUACUUAGGAACAUGGCAAGGCUUGGUUCCUCUUUUCUGCCCUCAUCUUGGGAUGUUCAGUCUUUGGAUUGUGUCAUGUCAUGGAAAAUGCUAUUGAGAGGUCUGUUUU